AUGGGUUCUGUGAACACGGUAUGCACUGGAGAAAUGCCACAGAACAAGAAGGACUCAACAUGGUUGUUUAAGCAGGUAAAAAGUAUUCACUGUGCUGUUUGGUAUCAUGGUGAGUACCACAAUGAACAUGGACCAAAAAAGCUAAGGGGAGAGUUGUCUCAGGAGAUAAGAAAGAAAACUAGAGACAAACAUGUUAAAGGUAAAGGCUAUAAGACCAUCUCCAAACAGCUUGAUUUUCCUGUUACUACAAUUGCACAUAUUAUUCAGAAGUUUAAGGUCUACAGGACUGUUUCUAACCUCCCUGGACUAAAACAAAUAGUAAGCAAAGAGCCCAGAACAACUUCCAAAGAGACUCAAGAUUAUUGUGAUGGACAGCUUACAUCAUCACUCCCUCCAUCCUCCUUUACCAGUUCAUCAGAGCUUUCCAGCACUCACAGCGCCGGAUUUGCUAGGCUAAACAGAAGAGAUGGAGCUGGAGGAUGGUCUCCUCGUGUAUCUAAUAAAUACCAAUGGCUUCAGAUUGACCUAGGACAAAGGACUGAAAUUACAGCUAUUGCAACACAAGGCAAAUAUGGAAGUUCCGACUGGGUAACAAGCUAUCUGCUUCUGUAUAGUGACACUGGCAGGAACUGGAAGCAGUAUCAUCAAGAGGAAGGCAUUGGGGAAUUUAUAGGAAAUGCAAAUGCUGACAGUGUUGUUCACUACAAGCUUCAGAACCACAUACGAGCAAGAUACCUUCGUUUCAACCCAUUAGAUUGGAAUAUAAAUGGGAGAAUUGGAAUGAGAGUAGAAGUAUAUGGCUGUACAUACAGUUCAGACAUUAUAUAUCUUGAUGGUAAAAGCUCCAUAAUGUAUCGAUUUUAUGAAAAGUCAAUGAGCACAACAAAAGAUUUGAUCUCUCUUAAAUUUAAAACAAUGCUCAGUGAUGGUGUUCUGCUUCACGGAGAAGGACAAAAUGGAGAUCGUAUUGCAUUGGAGCUUAUUAAAGGAAGACUUUGCUUAAGUAUUCACCUAGGAAAUUUGCAAUUUCAUGCCUCCAAUCCUCAUGUUAAUGUAUUCCUGGGAAGCCUGCUAGACGACCAGCAGUGGCAUUCAGUUGUCAUAGAGCGCUUUGGAAGACAAGUCAAUUUCACUGUUGACAGACAUGUGCAUCAUUUCUUCAUGAGAGGAGACAUCUCCUAUCUGGACAUUGAUUAUGAGCUUAGCUUUGGAGGGAUCGCAUCACAAGGAAAAUCAGCAUCACUGCUGCGGAGGAACUUCCAUGGAUGCAUUGAAAAUCUUUAUUAUAAUGGUUUAAACAUCUCUGACUUGGCUAAAAGAUAUAAACCUCAGAUUCACAUUGAGGGAAAUGUUUCAUUUUCCUGUCAAGAGCCUCCAGUGGUUCCAGUGACAUUUCUAAAUUCACAAAGCUAUUUGAUUUUGCCAGGAUUAUCUUUGCAAGAAGAAGUUUCAAUCUCGUUUUUUUUCCGUACGUGGAACAGGGAAGGUUUUUUGUUUGCUACUAAACUCAGCUCUGCUCCUUUCCAGUUUGUCGUAUAUAUUUCUGAUGGAAAGCUUAAAAUGAGUCUUUUCAAAAAUGGAAAAUUGUAUCUGGACCUAGUAACAGGUUUCGACCUUAACAAUGGACAAUGGCAUUAUGUUUCUCUUCAUGCUAAAAGAAAUCGUGUGAAUCUUAUCCUGGAUAAUGAUGGAUCUACAAGCUUAUCUAUGAGUUUACCAUUUCCAGUUUCAACAACAGAGAACUACUAUUUUGGAGGUUGUUCUAACAGCAGCGUGCCCCAUGAAUGCAUAAAACCUGUUGGUACUUUCCUUGGAUGCAUGAAAUUAAUUUCCAUUGGUGCAAAAGUGAUUGACCUUAUUCAAGUGCAGCAGGGUAUACUUGGCAAUUUCAGCGAUUUGCAGAUUGAUUUAUGUGGUAUCCUUGAUAGAUGUUUUCCAAAUUACUGUGAGCAUGGAGGAAUGUGCUCACAAACAUGGAGUGAUUUUUACUGUAAUUGCUCAGACACAGGAUACAUGGGAGCAACUUGUCAUUAUCCUAAAUAUGAACAGUCAUGUGAAGCAUAUAAAUAUAAAGGAAACGCAUCUGGAUUCUUCUACAUUGAUUCUGAUGGGAGCGGGUCUCUUGAACCAUUUCUGGUUUACUGUAAUAUGACAGAUACAGCAAUAAGUAUAUUACAUCACAACAAUACAGAUCUGAAUAAGGUAAAGAGUUCCAAUUGGGAGAACCCUCAUGUGAUGCAUUUCAAAUACUCUGCUGAUAUGGAGCAGCUCCAGGCUAUAAUAAACAAUUCUGAGCACUGCAAACAGGAAAUUGCUUACCACUGUAAAAGGUCUCGCAUUCAACAUAAGCAAAGUAACAUCCCUUUCACAUGGUGGGUUGGACGUAAUAAUCAGACUCAUACCUACUGGACUGGUUCCUUGCCAAAUGAAAACAGAUGUGCAUGUGGACUUGAAGGAAACUGUGAGGAUUCCCAACAUUAUUGCAAUUGUGAUGCUGACAAAAGUGAAUGGUUAAGUGACAAAGGAUUCCUGUCCAAUAAAGAUCACCUCCCAGUGACCAAGAUCGUGAUUACUGAUACGGACAGACCACACUCAGAAGCUGCUUAUAAACUCGGUCCCCUGCUAUGCUGGGAGGAUAGAAGAUUUUGGAAUGCAGCUUCAUUUAACACGCUAUCAUCUUACCUGCAUUUCCCUACCUUUGAUGGUGAAUUUAGUGCAGACGUGUCUUUUUUCUUUAAAACUGCAUCACCAUCUGGACUAUUCUUGGAAAACCUCGGAAUUAAGGAUUUUAUUCGGAUAGAGCUGGAAUCUCCAACAGAUGUUGUUUUUUCAUUUGAUGUUGGAAAUGGCCCCUUAGAGGUUCGUGUAAGCUCGCCUACUCAAUUAAAUGACAGUCAAUGGCAUUUUGUGAAAGCUGAGAGAAACAUCAAAGAAGCCUCUCUUCAAGUGGACAACUUACCCCAAAAAACAUACAUUACCCCCGCAGAUGGACAUAUACGUCUACAGCUUUACAGUCAGCUCUUCAUAGGUGGAACACCUUCAAGGCAGAAAGGAUAUUUAGGUUGCAUCCGCUCCUUAAAGUUGAAUGGUAUUCCUAUUGACUUGGAAGAAAGAGCAAAGGUGACCCCAGGUAUCAAACCAGGGUGCCCUGGACACUGCAGUAGCUAUGGGAAUUUAUGUCACAAUGGAGGAAAAUGUGUUGAAAAACAAAAUGGGUUUUCAUGUGACUGCACUUUGUCAGCAUUUACUGGAGCAUUUUGCAAGAAAGAAAUUUCAGCACAAUUUGAAGCAGAAUCAUCAUUAACUUAUACAAUUCAAGAGAAUUAUACCAUGAUUAAAAAUUCAAGUUUGAUGGCAUCUUCUAUUUAUGCUGAAUCAAAUUCUAAGGAAAGUAUAUCUUUCAAUUUCAGAACAACUCAAGCACCAAGUUUAUUGCUUUUUGUACAGUCUCUAAAUAAAGCAUAUAUUUCAAUUAUCAUUUCAAAAAAUGGAAGUUUGCAAAUCGGGUACAAAUUGAAUUAUUAUCAUGAUCCGGAUGUUUUCACCAUCAAUUCUAAAAAUCUAGCUGAUGGUCAUCUGCACAGACUCUCAAUUCUGAGAAAACAAGAUAUCUUAUUUGUGGAGGUUAACCAAUAUGGAUCUGAGCAAUUCAUUCUCAGUUCUGGCACAAAGUUCAAUACAAUCCAUUCUCUUGUACUUGGUAAAAUAUCAGAUGACAUUGAGGUUGACCUAGAGACUCUGAAGGCCAGUGUUAAUGGAUUUAUUGGAUGCCUCUCUGCUGUGCGUUUUAAUAACAUUGUACCACUAAAGACAGCUUUCAAAAGCAAUUUUACGUCUCAAAUAAUAAUAAAAGGACAUGUUAUCGAGUCUAGUUGUGGCUCCAUAAAUGGAGAGGAUGCAGGAUCUGGAGAAACAACCCACUCACUUGCAGAUCAUUCUGGAACAUUGCAUAAUGGAGAAAAGUUAACUAAUGCAUUAAGAAAUGGUGUUGCACUUAUUGGAGGUGUAAUAUCUGUUGUAAUAUUCAUUUUAUUAUGCAUUGCUGGCAUAGCAAUAAGAAUUUAUCUCCAGAAGAAUACAUAUAAAAAAAAUGAAGCCAAAGAAUCAGAACAUGAGGAUAAUGAAGAAGCAGCAGCCGCACUGAAAGCUGAGAUCAGUAUGCAAAAUGCAAUCAACGAAAGUCAAAAAGAAUAUUUUUUCUAAUGUGUUUUCAUUGUGUGGCCAAACAAUGGGACAGACAGACAUUCUUGCCAAGCAAGGGGCACUAGACAAAAUGAAACAAAGCAUCAAACAUGCACUGCAAGCGAACAAUGGCAUAGACCUGUGUAAAAUUGUAUAUGAUCAUCCACAGUGAUUACUGAAAGAGGCCUAAAAAUGACAUGCAUCUCUUGCUAAAUGCCUUUCGGUGACGGGAAUCACUGUAUUGUACACUCUUGUUGUUGGUAGUAUCAGAUUAUUCAGACGUGACUUUUCAGACCUACAGAAUUCCAUAUUGAAAUAUUAAUUCCGGACUAUUUUCAAAUUGAAGUUCUUAAUUAUGUCUGUGUGAUUGAAACAUUUUGUUAAUGGUAAAACUGGAAGUGUAAUUUCUUGCUUCUAAAGGAAGGUUCUGUAGUGUUUUCUAUUGUGAUCUUCUACUUCAGGAAUGGUACUAUAAAUGACUAUUUCAAUGAUUUGAACCCCCAAAACAAUCAGAGAUGCUCAGAAUGUGUUGGAUAAUAAAUGUAUCUGUAAA